UCCGCAGCCAGAAACAGAACCCGCAAAGAAAACUCGUCUUUUGCCUUGGCCAUUUCUCGGCUCCAAGUUUUCUUCUUUCUUUCCUUCUCAAUAAAAAAAAAAAAAAAAAAAAAAGUUUUCUUCUUUAUUUGCAAACGAUAAAACGUCCCUGAUCGCAACCGAAGCAAGGAACCUCUUACCGUUCGCAAUAAUGGCGAUGACCAUUGAAGGGUUUGACGCCGAUGCUGGCAGUUCGCUUGCUGUGCUUUCUGUUUGGUUCCGGGGAAAAUACGGAAGAAAGCAAAUUGCUUUGAAAUUUCUGCGGAAGAGGCAAUCUUUCAUUGGCACUUUGCACUUUAUCGGUUUUAUUUUUGUAAUUUUUUUUUUCUUCCCUGGAAGAAAUCAGAGGUUAGAAGAUUAGUUGGAAAAUUGGAAGUUUUAUGUGUUUGAGUUUGAGGCAGUCUUUUUCGCUUAAGUCUGCAUUAUCACAUUGAGAUCUUGUCAAUUCUGGCAAAUGUAAAACUAAAAUUUUAACAGAUGAUGAUAAUCCUCUGUGAAAAUAGUGCAAUUUUGAAAGUAGAAAGUUGAAUAUUAUCCAAAAUCAUAUUGUAAAUCCAGAAAUUUGAUUUUGGAAAUGGUUAUUUCAUGACUUUACAUGUUUAGCGGACUGAAAUUCUGUGCAUGGUUGAACAAAUAUAUGAUCUGGUGGCUUAAAGGUGGUAGUUUAUAGCUGAGUGAAGUAUAAAAAUGAUCAAUACUUAUCGUUGUUUAACUUCAUAUUUGUCCGAAGACUGAUCCUAUUCUUGUAGGUAGUUUUAAGCUUUCCAUUUUGCAUUUUCUUUUACGCCAUUUUAGCUUGUCUAUUAUUCACCCUUUGCUUAUGAUGCAUAGCACUAAUUGUGUUUGUUUUUCUGCGUUGCUGCCCUGGAAAAUUUCUAAUGGUUCUUGAUCAUUGCAGUUCUUGCUGGGCUUGCGUUUAUGUUUUCGUCUAGCAUCUUGCUACAGAUCCUGGCUUGUGCAUUAUACAACAAUUGGUGGCCAAUGUUAACAGCUCUCAUGUAUGUGCUGGUACCUAUGCCUUGCUUAUUCUUUGGUGGUGGGACCACUCAAUUUUUAACUAGCAGGGACAGCGGGGGGUGGAUCGGUGCUGCUAAAUUUUUGACUGGAGCGUCGAGUGUGGGGAGCAUAGCGAUUCCCAUCAUCCUUAGGCAUGCUCAUAUGAUUUCUACAGGAGCUAUGUUCAUUGAGUUUGUGUCGUUCAUCAUCUUUGUCUGCACUGUCUUGUGUUUCCACCACGCGAGUCUGGAAGAUGAUUGGUAACUAACAAGCAUCAAACGACCUAAGUUCUCGUACUUGGUUGGUUUACCAGGAAAAAGAACAAAGUUCCUAUACUGGUGAUCAUUGGGACUGAUUAUGGUAGAACACUUGCAAGCGCUAUAAUUUGCUUACUGGGCGAAGUGAGAAUUUCCUACGUUGUAAAGUAUUCCUUGUAUAUUACUUGAAUUUUCAGUUCGA